GGAAACCAAAGAGCCAAAAUGUCUCCCAAAUACAGGUCCCUAUGCCUUAUAGGAAUACUAGGGAUGGUCCUUAUGGCCUCAACUUCCUUUGCUAAUCUCCAAGAUCGUCGUUUACUUUCAAUGGAGAAAGCCUCUGUGAUGGAUACAUACCAUCAUCAUCACCACCCUCACCAUCCACCUGCCACGCAUAAUGAUCCUGCAAAAGUAGAAAACAAGCAGCCACAAGAAGAGCACACUAAGGUUGAGGAUAGCCAUUACAAGCCCCCCCAUAAACCAUGGAAGAAGCACCCCCCUUCGAGAAACUAAUAUAGAGAACACUCUUGUGAAAUGUGAUUUUAUAAAGUCCUAUCUUGGCCCUUGAAAUAAAGGCAUUUAAUGUUAUUUUUCAUGUAAUAGUGUGAUAGUAGUGUCU